UACUCUUUCAACUAUCAACCUCUUUUUGCAAUUUUUGAGUUUCGCUAACUUUGAAUGAAGAAAUGGCGCUGCCACAUUCCAUCACUCUGCCCUUCUCCUCUAUCGUUUCAUCUAGGGUUACAAAACAGAGCUCCAAUUCAUGUUUUCUUCCUAAACAUAAACCAACCAAGCACCUUCUCAAUUUUACCCUUCCCUUAAGCCUGGAUGGUAAUAGCAGAAAAAUAAGAAUCUCAAGCAGAGUCCAAGCACUCAAAUCUGACGGUGGUAAAUGGAAAAAAACAUCUAGUGACUCUGAUGAUGAUGAUGAUGAUGAUGAUGAUGAUGAGAACGAUGCACCAACUGGGUCUGCUAAAAAUGACCCUUACCUUAUGAGUCUGGAGGAGAGACUGGAAUGGAGGAGGGCGAUUAGACAGGUGUUGGAUAAGGAACCCAAUGUAGAAGAGGAAUUAGAGCCUGAGGAAAAGAAGAAAAAACUGCAGAAGCUUAUGGAUGAUUACUCUCUUGUUGUGGAUGAGGAUGAUCCAAACUGGCCUGAAGAUGCUGAUGGCUGGGGAUUCAGCUUGGGUCAGUUUUUUGACAAAAUUACUAUCAAGAACCAGAAAAAGGAUGAUGACAAUGAUGAUAAUGAUGAUGAUGUUGACCGUCCAGAAAUAGUGUGGCAAGAUGAUAAUUACAUUCGUCCAAUCAAAGACAUAAAAACUGCAGAAUGGGAGGAGACAGUAUUCAAAGACAUAAGUCCCUUGAUUGUUCUUGUGCACAAUCGAUAUAGAAGGCCAAAGGAGAAUGAAAAAAUUAGGGAUGAACUGGAGAAGGCUGUGCACAUCAUAUGGAACUGCAGAUUACCUUCACCAAGAUGUGUUGCAAUUGAUGCUGUUGUUGAGACUGAACUGGUAGAUGCACUAAAAGUAUCAGUAUUCCCAGAGAUUAUCUUCACUAAAGCUGGCAAGAUUUUAUUCCGUGACAAAGCCAUUCGCACCGCAGAAGAGUGGUCAAAAGUCAUGGCUUACUUUUACUAUGGAGCAGCUAAACCACCCUGUUUGAAUAAUGUGACAUUUUCCCAAGAAAAUAUUCCUUCUAUUGUCACCAAUAAUCCAGUGUCCUGAAAAAAUCAAAGGUCCAAAUUUUGAGCUCAUCGUGCUGAAAUAUUUCAAUGCAAAGAUGCCUCUGACAUUAGCCUUUGUACAAUGAAUGCAAGGGAUAGCUCUAUUGAAUUGAAUGCACAUAAUAUGAUGAAAUAACUUUCAUAAAAAGGCAAGAAAUUUGUUAGAGCUGCCUCUUUUGAUGAGUGUCCAUGAAAGUCAACAGAGGAAAUUAGCAUCACAUAGCUUGUUGGGAUGAAAGAAAAAUUGAACGUGGGAGAUGAAAAAUCGAGAGCAGGAGUCAAAACUUCAUGUAUCCUUGGGGCACUCUGCAUAUUUAGAGGAUUCAUUGAGUCAUUUUUUGUAUAAAUGAGUGUUAUUUGUAAUAGAUAUGUUAAAGGGUGGUAGGAAGUUGUAUUGGCUAACAGUACUGUAUGAGGUUUUGAUAGUUAGCCUUUGACAGAAAAUAGAAUAUGGUGGCUAAUAGUUUUAUGAUUGCAUAAAAUAAUUCAUUUUUCUCUGUUAAAUCAGAGUAACGUGGUGGAGUAGCAAGUAGUAUUUGAUGUGUUUUGAAAAACUGUUUUAUAUGAAUUUUAAACGUUACGAAUUUUAAA